CAUUUCUAAAAUACAUUCGUUCGAAGUUUGUCGUAAAGCGCUGCAAGUAAAUUAAUAUUUUUUAAAAUGUCGAUCUGGACACCAUUGGAAUCCAACCCGGAGGUGCUGACCAAAUACAUACAUAAGCUGGGCGUGUCGUCGGCCUGGUCUGUGACUGACGUCAUCGGCCUGGACGAAGAGCUGCUGGCAAUGCUGCCGCGUCCCGUGAAGGCCCUCAUCUUGCUCUUUCCCAUUAGCGAGGCUUAUGAAAAACAUCGCGCUGACGAGCACGAGCGCAUCAAGGCUGCGGCUGAACCGGAAAAAUAUCCGGAAGAUCUCUUUUAUAUGAAACAAUUCACCCACAACGCCUGCGGCACCGUUGCCCUCAUCCACAGCGUGGCCAAUAAUAAGGACAUCGAAAUAGCCGCCGGCGUUUUGAAGAAUUUCUUGGAGAAGGGCGCCAACCUAUCGCCCGAGGAACGCGGCCAGGCUCUAGAGCAGGACAACGCUUUUACCGAAGACCAUCAGAUGCUGGCCCAAGAGGGACAAACCGAUGCCGGUGCCUAUGAAACCGUUGUACAUCAUUUCAUUGCACUGGUCAACAAGGAGAACACCCUAUACGAGCUAGAUGGACGCAAGUCGUACCCAAUCAGUCACGGCAAGACCUCGGACGAGACCUUUUUGCUAGACGCUGCCAAGGUGUGCAAGGAGUUCAUGGCACGCGAUCCCGACGAUGUGCGUUUCACCGUGCUGGCUCUGGCUGCCACACAGGAAUAGAGCGCCCACCCAAUCAUCUAAAAUAUAUACAUCUAAAUCUAUUAUAUGAUCUCUGAUCUAUACACAUACGCCUAUUUAUAUAUUUGUAAGGCCGCGUUAGAAACGCUUCUGGCCAUCAUUAUACGCAUAUUUAACCCGCACUUGAAUGUA